AUGAAAUCUUCAUUGCAUGGAGGAGACCUCGCCCAGCUCCGUAGGCAGCUUGAGGAUUCAGCCAUUUUUGCCCUCAAAGUCGCCGGAUCCCCUCAGCUUUAUCUGGACAGUUCUCGCACGUAUUUCUUCUCCAUCACUUUCAUUUCCCUCAUAAUAUCAAAAUGCUUCCAUCUCUGCGUCCAUCUCACGUCGCUCGCGGUUCCAUCGCUGGUUCCGUGGGGACCCACCUUCUUCCUGGUGGACAUCCUACUCAUUCUGGUCGCCUGCUGCCUGACGCGUUCGUUUGAAUCGCGGAUCUGGCAGAACGUAGCGGCUGUUGUAACUCUUCUAUUCAGUUUAUAUAUCUCGUCGAUGACCUCCGCCAACAUCUCCUUCUAUGUACAUACAGGCGUGGAGAUUCCCUGGGGGAAAUCGGAAAGUUCUCAUGAGGACAAUCCCAGUCCCGCUACCCAGACUGUCCUGUCCAUGUUGACUGUCGCCAUGCUUGUCGACACGUUGAUUAUGAUCAGUGCGUACUUCGCUACGCCGUGUUUAUUCCAAGCCACAGAAACCUUCCUGGGAAUUUGGGCUUCGUUUUUGUUCUCUCCUUUCCGUCGAUAUCUUCGACAAGAAGCGCCGUCAGAUCCAGAGACCUAUCAGCAGAUUGAAAUCGAUGACUAUGAUGAAGGUCACAACGACAGCGACUCUAUAUCGCAACUGGAUAUGCCCCUGGCUCCACCCGAGCAGAAGCAGAAGCGGUCGUUGCUGAAGCGCGUUAUCGCCAUAUCGUGUGGCUUGAUCAUAGUUUUCCUCAGUUGCAUUCGUCCACGCGGUGCGGAUUAUAGUUAUCUCUCUGACUCCCUGUCUCUCGCGCCGUUCGGCAGCCACGAAUAUGCGGCCACUGAUGAAAGUCCCACGUCGGCGAGUGGAAGUGCCGCUCCAGGAAGCGCGUCAGGAAAUGCUCCAGCAAGUACUCCAGAAAGUAUUCCGGCGGGCACCCCGCCAAAUGCCCCAGAAAGUACCCCGCAGAGUACACCGGCAGGCACCCCAGGCGGUGCCAGCUAUGGGAAUGCCACUAAAGGAAAUUCCACCUUGUUAUCGGCCGAUUUCAGCUGGCUGGAAGACCACACCGCUCUGGACUCCUUUCCCACAUUUGACUGGUUACCUUCGUACAACUCGUCAGAUGGCUUUCCCGAUUGGUCUCCCUUCCGUAUCAAUAAGCACAACAAGUCUGACUAUGUGUAUGAACAUUACAACCCGAUGAAAGAUCCUCUGCACAUGCCCAACCUCCAGAACGAUAUUUUGGAGCCUGUACGUGAACUUCUUCACAACGGAAGUGUGAAGAUUAAACAUGUCAUUCUCAUUAAGUUAGAGAGCACUCGCCAGGACGUGUGGCCUUUCCGCUCAGACUCUUAUAUCAUGAAACACAUCAACGACUCUUACCCGAACGGCAUCCCCGAGAAGGUCCAGGAUAGGCUCUCUAAGCUCACUCCUACCGCCGAGCGUUUGACCGGACAUAAGACCGGGUUCCGGAAGGACAGCGAUGAUCAUCCAAAGCCCUAUGGUGGCAUCAGUACGAGGAACGCCUACACGUCCGGGACCUACACCCUAAAGAGUAUUACGGGCACUGUAUGCGGAGUGAAUCCUAUGGCUGUCGAGGCCAACCUCGAGUACCUGCACGAUAUUUACCAGCCCUGCUUGCCGCAUAUACUCGAGGCAUUGAAUCAGCAGCCAAACGUCACCAGUCAAAUAGACAACAACAGUCAGACAGAUGACUGGACUUCCUGGCCGUGGCACACCAUGUGGAUGCAGUCACACCCUGACGACUGGGAUAAGCAUUACAUGCUUUCUCCUGCUUUGGGAUACAAAGACGUCAUGGCAAAGAGGACAAUUGAUGCAGCCGGGGGUAAAUAUAUCCCAGAAGAGACAGAAGAGGAAGAGGAACAUGGCCAUGAGGAUAAGGUGCUGAAAAAUUAUCUCCGGGAUGUCAUCGACGAUGCCAAGAAGAACAACACCCGCCUCUUCCUUAGCCAUCUAACACAUAAUACACAUACUCCGUAUUAUAUACCUGGUGAUUAUGAGGAGAUGAUGGGGGAUGUGUCGAGUGAACGGAACGAGAGGUUGAACCGAUACCUAAAUACUAUGGCCUACCAGGAUGAGUGGGUGGCCGAGAUCCUGGAGCUUCUCGAUGAUGCCGGUAUUGCCGAUGAGACCCUUCUUGUGAUGACUGGUGACCACGGUCUAUCACUUCCAAAUGAUGGUGGUAUAACCGCCUGGCAUUCCCCUCACGUUGGCAAUUUCCACGUGCCGCUAUUCUUCUCGCACCCUAAGCUACCCCAGAUCGAGGUCAAUAAUGCUGUCCUCUCCACCCAAAUUCUCCCCACAAUCCUCGAUCUUCUCGUCGAAACCUCCUCUAUUGACGAGCAGUCGACUAAGAUCAUCAAAGAUCUGCUCCCCAUGUACGAGGGCCAGUCAAUGAUACGCGCACUCAUUCCCGAGCACAACGGCAAGCAAGAAUGGCAUUUCUCCACGAUGAACCCUGGUGGAACGUGGUUCUGCAUGCGAGCGGCCGCACAGCCGUACCGUUUGGUCGUGCCUCUCAAACCUGACGCCAAGUGGCGAUUCACUGAUGUCAUCGCCGAUCCAUUCGAGCUCAGUCCUCAGGAAGAUCACCAACUCCUGUUUCUGAUCGACGCCGUGCGGAAGGAGCAUGGGCCAGAGGCCGUGAAAUGGCUCAACGAGGCGGCCCAUGUGGCCAAGUGGUGGGUUAAGGAGAACCACCGCCGCUGGAAAUAUGAUCCUGAGAACCCGGAGAACAAACCGGAGGACGAUUGA